AUGAAGUGGAUAUUUGUAUUGGCGACCAUAGCCCUAUCCCAGGCUAGACCUCAAAUACCACACGAAACAUAUGGAGUACCACAUGAAUUUAUAGCAAAGCCCUUUGAACAAUACGAAGCACCAGCGAUUCCUGCUGCUCCCACCCAAGAAUAUUUCGUACCAGCUCCAGCAGUAGAAAUAAUCAAACCUGUUGAAGAAUACGGAGUACCACACCAUGAAUACGGUUUACCAUUGGAAGUAAAACCAGCUUCAGUAAUCGAAACAGAGUACCCCUACACCAUUCCUGCUGAAGUGCCAAAACCAGUUGUGCCUGCUGCAGAAUAUAAUGCACCAGCACCCGCUGUGGAAAUCAUCAAACCUGCUGUACCACAUCAAGAGUACGGAUUACCAUUGGAAGUUAAACCUGCUCCAGUCAUUGAAACUAAAUACUCCUACACCAUUCCUGCAGAUGCACAAAAACCCAUUGUUCCUGCUGAAACUUACGGAGUACCAUACGUUCCUGCUGUAGAAAUUGUAAAACCCGCUGUAGAAUAUGGUGUGCCAGCUCCCACUGUAGAAAUCAUCAAACCUGCUGAAAAAUACGGUGUACCACAUCAAGAAUAUGGAUUACCAUUGGAGGUCAAACCUGCCCCAGUCAUUGAAACUAAAUACUCCUACACCAUUCCUGCAGAUGCACAAAAACCCAUUGUUCCUGCUGAAACUUACGGAGUACCAUACGUUCCUGCUGUAGAAAUUGUAAAACCCGCUGAAGAAUAUAGUGUACCAGCUCCUGCUGUGGAAAUCAUCAAACCUGCUGAGGAAUAUGGAGUACCGCAUCAGGAAUACGGGUUACCAUUGGAGGUUAAACCUGCCCCAGUCAUUGAAACUAAAUACUCUUACACCAUUCCUGCAGAUGCACCAAAACCCAUUGUUCCCACUGAAACUUACGGAGUACCAUACGUUCCUGCUGUAGAAAUUGUAAAACCCGCUGAAGAAUAUAGUGUACCAGCUCCUGCUGAGGAAUAUGGAGUACCGCAUCAGGAAUACGGACUACCAUUGGAGGUUAAACCUGCCCCAGUCAUAGAAACUAAAUACUCUUACACCAUUCCUGUUGAAGUACCUAAACCUGCUGCACCCGCUGUAGAAUAUGGUGUUCCACAGCAGGAAUACGGAUUACCUUUGGUCGAAGAGAAACCUUAUGCUGCUGCAGUGGUUCCAGCUCCAGUGGUACCCCAUGAGAUUUACGGACCACCAAAACAACUUUUGUUCCCAUUCCCAAGUGGUCAAUUUUAA